AUGGACUCCGCCUCCGCUUCAAUCAACCUCCUCCAGUUCCCGGGUCUCAUCCUUCAUCCCAUCUCGCGAAGAGUCUAUCGACAGUAUAUGCAGUGGACUCAGAAACUUUUUGGGGAAUUGAUCGUGCUCCUGACCUGGGUUUUUACGGGGAGGGUGGAGAUUGUUGUCACGGGCGAGUGGGAGGCACUGAGUGAGGAGAGGGGUGGCGCGAUUCCCGAGAUGAAGGUCAUCAUGGCGAAUCAUCAGAUCUAUUCGGAUUGGUGGUGGCUUUGGAUUGUCGCUUGGAGUUGUGGGGCUCAUGGGUCCUUGAAGAUCAUCUUGAAGAAGAGCUUGAAGUAUUUUCCCGUCUUUGGAUGGGGCAUGCAAUUUUUCGAAUUCAUCUUCCUCGCACGCAAAUGGUCCCUCGACAAAUCCACCCUCUCCACCAUCCUCCACCGCGCCUCCCGCGACGCCCUCCCACUCUGGCUCGUCAUCUUCCCGGAGGGAACCGUCAUCACCGACGAUACGAAAUCCAAAUCGCGCGCGUACGCCAAAAAGAUGGAUCUACCUGACGACCCGCAACACGUUUUGAUCCCCAAAUCCACCGGUUUGUUCUUCUGCUUACGCAAUCUGCAGCCCGGAUGUGAGUAUCUUUAUGAUGUGACGAUUGGGUAUGAAGGGUUGACAGCGAGUCAGACGCCGUAUGAGGUUUAUAGUUUGAGUCGGGUGUUCUUUGAGGCCAGGGGGCCGGAAAGGGUGCAUGUGCAUGUGGAGAGGGUUAGGGUAGCCGGGUUACCGGGGUUUGAAAAGGCAGACGGGGAGAUUACGGAGGUGGAGGAGGAGGAACAGGCGAAACGGUUCGGCGAAUGGCUACGGAAGAGGUUCUUGAGGAAGGAUAGGCUCAUGAGCGCGUUUUAUCGGGAUGGGCGGUUUGGCGGGGACGAUGUUGACGAGCCGACGACGAAUGCGAAUGCCGCCGCCUCUUCUCACACCGCCGCCUCUCCGGACCACACAACCUCGGCCGGUCUCACACCCACGCACACGUCACAACAACCCAAGCUACGCGACCACCGCCAACAUAUAAUCAAACCCCGCCCGCGCGCCACCGAUUUCCUUGCCCUGCUCGCGACGCUGACGGCCGGCUUUUUGGCUGCGAGGGCGCUGUGGGGGUGGUGGAUAUGA